GGCGUGCUGUCAGUGCGCGAGACGUUACCGCCGGGAAGGUUGCCGUGUCGGCGCAGACUGAGCCGCGCACGUUGGAGCACGCUUUCUUGAACGCUCGAAAAUGGCUGAGGACGAAGGACGGGUGAAGCUGAAGAAGGAGAUCGGCCUCUUCAGCGGCGUCAUGAUCGUGGUCGGCACUAUAAUCGGCUCCGGUAUUUUCGUCUCUCCGAAGGGAGUGUUCGAGCACGCCGGCUCCGUGGGCGCCUCGCUUGUCAUAUGGGUCCUGUGCGGUCUCUUUUCCAUGAUUGGCGCCGUAUGUUACGCCGAGUUGGGCACUUCCAUUCCCCGAUCCGGCGGCGACUACGCGUACGUGCUGGAGGCGUUCGGCCCGCUCACCGCCUUCCUGAGGCUCUGGGUGACAGUGCUGGUGGUGCAGCCGGCCACGCUCGCCGUACUCAGCCUGACAUUCGCCACUUACAUGGUGAAGCCCCUGUACCCGGACUGCGAACCACCGGACCUGGCUCUCAGGCUUAUGGCCAUCGUCUGUCUGUGUUUACUAACGUACGUGAACUGCAAGAGUGUCAAGCUGGCGAUGAAAGUCCAGGAUGUCUUUACCACAGCCAAACUGGCAGCGCUGGCGCUUAUCAUCAUCACAGGCAUCGUUCGGAUUGCGCAAGGUGAAGUCGGGUAUCUGCGAAACAGCUUCGAAGGAGAGUACUCUGUUGGCGGCAUAUCGCUUUCUUUUUACGCCGGACUGUUUGCUUUCGGAGGAUGGAAUUAUUUGAAUUAUGUGUCCGAGGAGCUGAAGGAUCCGAACAGAAACCUGCCCAGGGCUAUAUACAUCGGCAUCACGCUUGUGACGGUCGUCUACGUCAUGGCGAACGUUGCCUACUUCACCGCAGUAUCUCCCCAAGAGAUGCUUGCAUCGCCAGCUGUUGCUGUGACGUUUGCGCAGCGUACAAUUGGUGUCGUAGCAUGGAUCAUGCCGGUGUUUGUCAGCUUGUCAACCUUCGGAGGCCUGAACGGAAUCAUGUUUACUAUUGCAAGAUUAUUCUUUAUUGGUGCUUUGGAGGGGCACCUUCCCAUGAUAUUUGGGAUGAUACACACGACCAAGCUAACCCCGACUCCGCCUCUUCUGUUAUCUUGUGCUGUGGCUCUGCUGAUGUUUACGACGAGCGACAUCUUCGUCCUCAUCAACUAUUUGAGCUUCAACCAGUGGCUUUGGGUGGGUGUCUCCAUCCUGGGAAUGCUCUGGCUGCGUUACAAAAGACCAAACAUGCACCGACCGAUCAAGGUUCCCCUUAUCUUCCCUAUUGUGUUCCUGGCCAUGUGCACAUUCCUUACGUUCAUGCCAUUGUAUGCAAGCCCCACGGAGACUGGGAUGGGCCUUGUGAUUCUAAUUACUGGUAUCCCUGCCUAUUAUAUCUUCGUCAUUUGGAGCCCGAAGAACAAAGUGAUCCGAAAGUUCUCUGAAUGUCUCACAAUAGAGAUGCAGAAGUAUCUGGAAGUCAUACUUCCAGAACAAGAAGAAAAACUCCUGGAAGUUGAAUCCUGAAGGUUGCAAUCUCGAUUUCAAGAACUUAGUUUUAAAGUACCAUCCAACUGCCUUGCCACAGUGUGUCCUCAUACCGAACCUUUAUUGAUUCUGUAUGAGGACGACGACGUUCAAAAGCAGAGAAAUAUUGGCACAUGUUCAUAUUUAGCAUAGCACUAAAAUUCUUGUCGUAGCCAGCAUUAGUUAAGGCUGUUAUACCGAAAAAAGAAUGGCCUACCGUUUGUAUAGUGCGUAGAAAGCUUAUGCGUGGACAUCGGUGACAUGGUGAAUUGGAGAAAGAUUAGCUUAGUUGCUGUUGCAACAAAACAAAUUUUCUUUCACUUUUAAGGGGAUAUAUGAAAAAGAGUUAUCACGUGUUGAACUCUAUUCUAUGGCCUCUGCACUGGCUUGGUAGGUAUAUAACGGCCAGGUUAAGCAUUUUUAUUUGGCUUUAUUCAAUAAGAAAUAGCUUGAACGUUUAUGAAAUUUUUGAUUUAGCUUUAAAACUACAGCCGAGUAUUUCAAAAAAGGGGUCACUGUAUUUUUGAAUUUCAGGCUGGAGAACUUCCACGGACAGUGAACAGCUGUUAGGCCUAUAUAUGUUUUCGUAUAUAUCGAUAUCGAUCGCUUCUAAAGAACUAAUGGAGCCGAUGGUUGUGACUCUUAGUCAGCGCCAUUCAUUUUCAUUUCGCUUAGAUAACACCACAAUUUGUUGCUAUGAAUGCAUCGUUUCAUACAGUUGGUGUUGUUGCAUGUUUGACGCUUGCAUCGACAAGCUUGCACUGUGUAUUCGGCCAAAUGCCUAGUAUGGCUCGCGUGCGAACCAUGUCAGUUCUGGUGGUGUGCGAAUAUCUGUCUGACCACGGGAGCGCGUAUAAAAAAGCAACGCUGCGCCUUCUGACGGCUGGCUGCGAAGCUCAAAAGCGCGCUCAGCGUACGCGCGCCCCCCCUUUUUUUUUACCUGCCAGCCUGCUCACUCGGUCCCUUCAACAGCGUGCGCAUCGGAACGCUAGAAGUAGCGCAAGGUGUCACUUCGACUGUCAGCGCGUGAAUCUUAUCACAAAGAUCGAUUUUUGAGAAACUGAUGCAAUAUUGACGUUUUCGACAGAGUGCAGUGUCGGGGACUAAGGCGGAGAAUUCGGCGGGCACCGAGCACUGCCACUACAAAUUACGUGUUUUCGUCACGAUAUCAUCGCUUGGUGUUUCCGCCGCGAGAGCAGGAGU